AUGGAUAACAGGGCUGAUUCCAGCCUUUGGGCCGACACGCCCUUCGCCCUUCUCAAGAUUCCUGGUCAGCCGGGUGGUCCAGUAUGCGUAAAUCCUAGUGUUCUCAACGUCGCUAUAGAGAUGGCAAACGUCCACAACGUCCUACUUCGCCCGCUGAAUGCCAUUUAUCAUCAAGCGCCCUUCAUUAGCCUCCCUGUAGAUGUUGCCGAUUUCAUGCUGUACGUUACAGCAUGGGCAGAUACGCUACACCACCAUCAUUCCCUUGAAGAAAGUUUGUUUUUUCCAAUGGUGGAGAAGAUAGCAAAAGAAGCGGGGAUUGAUGAUUGUGAAGGUAUCAUGGGAGGGAACGUGGAUCAACAUCAUGAGUUCGAGCCCAAGAUAGCAGAGCUGGUCAAGUGGGCUGAAGAGGUUGUGGCUGGGAAGAAGACAUAUGACGCUGUGGAACUGAAAAGGCAGAUCGAUGACUUCGCCCCUAUCCUGACACAGCAUUUACAUGACGAGAUCGGUACCUUGGUCAGAUUGGAAAACUGCGAUGGAGAGAAGAUUAAGCAGGCGAUGAAAGAAACGGCUGAUGAGGGAGCAAAGACAGCCGAUCCGCAAGUAAUCAUGCAUGACAACUUUGCACCUCCUACCGGCCUCCUCGAGCUUCCUGGAGAGAUUCGCAACCGUAUCUACGAUUUCGCGCAAGAGCCAGAUCAAGUCCGUCUUGUAUACAAGCCGAGUCGUCACCACGAGCAAGUCAAACAAACUAGUCGACAAUUCUUUGGUCUGACCCAAGUCUGUCGCAAGCUCCGACUCGAGCAUCUACCUAUCUACAAUGUGCAAACCAUUGUCAGCAUUGAUUGCUUGCAUACAGCCUCCUAUGUCGACACAUUCAUUCUUCCAGCUGGCGUGGAGCCGAAACAAGCACGUGGGAACCUGAUCAUUCAGGAUCGGACCCCAGCGUAUCACGUUGAGAGUGUCGAGGAGCAAAUCUCUACGCAGGCUAUAGCUGACCUCAUCGCCCUCAGCAAGAAAAAUCCCCAAGUCAUGUUCAAAUUUGACGACUCCGCUUGGUUCUACCCAUUGCUGUGCACACUAAUGCUCAGGCUACGGUGA